AUGGUUGAUAAAAUUAAUCAAUCGAUCGAUGUUGUUGUCCCACGUAUAGAUGAAAACAAAGUUAAUGACAAUGGCGAAGAAAAACUGGUGAAUCUAUCUGAAAAUAAAAUAAAUGGACGUCCCUUGUAUCUGAUUAGACGAAAAAAAUACAUUGAAAUCAUUCGACGACAAUUACAAGCGAAGAAUCGUAUUUUAUUAACAGCAUACAAUACGUAUGCUUAUUACUUGUGUGAAAGAACGGAAAUGCAAGAGAAAGUACUUGAACAUAUGAUACGUACAGGUGCUUAUCGGUUCAUUAUGGAAUUGAAUGUAACAGAUCAACAUUAUAUUGAAAUUAUUUUUAACAGUAUAGACCGUCACAUAACUGAUAAAUUGAAUAAUUUAUGCCACGAUAAAUUGAUAUCGUAUUCACAAUGGGAAAAGUUGAACGCCAAUCGAUCAACGAACCGACUAGAUACUCUCUACUUUUUACCGGAUACACGCCGAGAAAAUGUUCCAUUUUAUCCAAUGAUACAGACUCAUCAUCGUUUAACAAUAAAUCUAUCUCGUUUUCUUAUUCGUCUUCUUCAACCUAUAUAUAAUCAUGUUACGGUUUCGAAAACAUUUAAUACAGGUGUUGAUGUCAUCACUGCUCUGGAAGAGUAUAACAAGAAAGGUCUUCUUCGAUCGAAUACUUUGUUUGUUGCUUUACACAUUCAUGAUCUAUCGACCUUAAUUCCACAUGAACACAUGUAUACGACCUUACAACGUUUUCUUUGUGAAUAUCUGUUCGGUCGAGAAAUGGAAGGUUUAACUCUACCAACGAUACUAGAUCUUGUUCGACUCGUUGUUGAAAAUCAAUAUAUUCUUUAUGAAAACAAAUUCUAUCAACAGAUGCAAGGAGGUGCUUGUAAUGCACCAUUGACAAUCCUCUUAACGAAUAUCUACAUCUAUUAUUGGCAACAAGAAUUAAUGGCAAUUUUAAACGUUCAAAAUGAAAUCUUUGGCAGAUGCUUUGACGAAAUAUUUUUUACAUGGAAUGAAUCACAAGAAAGACUUCAUGAUUUACUUCAUACGAUGAAUCGAUAUCAACCGGAAAUUCAAAUCACGUUGGUCGCAAAUGAUCAUAUUAAUUAUCUCGAUCUUCACAUUCAACAACAUAAGGGUGAUCUCAAAAUACAAGUUGCUCAUGAUUUACACAUUGAACCAUACUCAUUACCUUAUGUAUUUGGUCAUCCACGCAAUCGAUAUCAUACAUUACUUCGAGCAGCGCUUCUACGCGCAACAAGAUGUUGUACGAAUGUUGCCGACUUUGCCAAUGAACUCCAACAUAUUCAAUUGUCAUUUCAAUAUAAUCGAUUCACAAAUGAUUUUAUCAUAGAUAAAAUUCAAUUAUAUUUAGAAGAAUUUAGUACACCUACACUAAAGGUUCAUUGUGGUGAACAAUACUAUGAUCAAUCUCUUUAUAAUAAUCUUCGACACUUCAAUGUACCAGAUGUUUUUGCUAUAUUUAGUGUUAAUUGUGAAGAAGUUAAGAUUGCGCAGCGUUAA